GCCGCUUCCUUCCUUCCUUCCUCCCUUCCUCGGGCUCAAGGUCAUCCUGCCGCCUGCCUUCCUUGCCUCCAGCGCAGGAGAGGCGCCGGACUUGAACUCUGUCCUCUCCGGGGAGGCAGAGGCGGCCCUCUUCCGGGGCAUCCUUCUCGGCGCCCCCAAGGUACCUGGUUGCCGUAGAAGGGCCAGUGAUCUACAGGCCCCUCUCUCUCUUCUCUUAUCUCUCCUAUCCUUACAUGAAGAUGUACAAUGGCUUGGACUGCCUUAGAAAAGGCUUACUAAAGUCUACCAUUAUUCCGAUGUCCACAGAAGAAAGCAUGUAAUGGUUUGGCUUGAAGAAAGAUUUUAAAUAAUAAUAAUAAGAAUGUAUCCAGUUCCUGGUUCUGUGCAUGGAGUGGGAGGAGAUAAUGGACACCCUAGAAAACUUAUCUCUUUCCUUUUUGUUUUUGGCAUUACGCUAUUAUGUGCUGGAUUUCUGCUUUCAAUGUUUUUCUUGCAGACAUGUCCAAAUGGAGGUUUUGGUGACUGUAAAGGAGCUCUUAAAAUCAUUGGGCCCUUACUUGCUGUGGUUGGGCUAGUUUGCAUAAUUCUGGCACAGUCAAGAGCGAAAGGCUACCUCCAAGAUGUGCAGCUGCAUGAUGACCAAGUCUACGGUUUUGUCUUUUGCCGAGGAAACUGCCAGUUUGCUCAAUUUCUUGUUUUUGGCUUUUUAUUUUUAACUAGUGGGAUGCUUAUUAGUGUCCUUGGCAUUUGGAUUCCUGGAUGCAGUCCAGGAUGGCGUUACCAUCAGCAGUUUAACCAUAGCAAUACAUCCAGCGUUGAACUCCAAGACUGUGGAUUUCACUCCAUUCAAACAAUGGGUCCUUUGAUUGUCCUUAUUGGAUUGUGUUUCUUUGUGAUAGCUCACAUUAAAAAGAAACAAAACAUAAAUCUCAUCCAAGAAUCUUCUGCCCACGAAGAAGAGCAACUUAACCCUGAAUCAUUUCAUGUUACAGUAGGUGAUACUGUGAUGGUAUUUCCACCACCACCACCCCCUUACUUUGCUGACUGUUCAUUACAAACAGUAACUCCUAGCCUGGUGACAAAUGAUGUAACUUUAAGUGAAAAUCCCCCACCGUACAACAGUACUUGUAGUAACUGAGCACGCAUUAGUAACCUGUGAAGCCUGUCUGGUAGCAGAGCAAGUGGGCUGUUGUGUAUCAAGUCAGAAAUUGAUUCACCUUCUGAGACUUUCUGUUUUCUUCCUCUGAGUCAUCUCCAUGAUACAAAGCAAAUGAAGCAGCUGUAAAUAAUGAAUGUGUCUUGUCUUCUUCUCCCUGCAGCACUCAGAUUAUCCAUUGCUAUGUGCUUAUCACAAGAUAUGAGAAAAACGUAGAGUUGGAGGAGAAUGGAAGGGAAGGAAGGUGAUUGUAUCAGAUAAGUGAGGGAAAGAACUAGAGGAGUUCAGGCUGAGAAUAAGCUGGGAUGAAGAAGCCCUUGAGAUAUCAGAGGCAGUUGCAGUAAAAGCCCUGCCAAGCCAAGACUUCUAUCAUUGGCAAAACAAAGGCAAACUACUGUGGAAAACCUCCAGAGAGGCAUAUAUGAUAAGAAAGGCCAGAAAUUAACAUCUUUCCAGCUGGCAUCAAAAUACGCCUAUUAAAGUUAGCUACUAUCUGGACAAAAUGCUAGUGUAUACACCAGCCAUAAGGAGAAUAAAUUGUUGUAGUUUUGUAUCCCUUUUAAUUUUUCCUCCUGGCUGGGGACAAACUCAGAAUAAAAGAUACUGAAGCCCUGAGAGUGUUGAGAUUUAUUUUGUGUUUGGGUAGACCCUGAUGUCCCAAAAGUAUGCAUUUGUAAAUGUGAGAUAGAAAUUGAUUAAACAUUGUGCUAGAAGAAAAGCCGUAGCAUGUGUUGUAUCUUUAGUAUUUAAUUGGUGUGGCACACAGCAAGUCUCAGCUUGUAGAAAUAAGGACCACACUGUAAAUUACAGAGGACAUAUACUUGCUACCCACAUAUUCAUAUAUGUACUCAAAUAUACAUGUACAUCCAUCUCCCUGAUAAGAGUUUGAUAAAACAUAUACAAUGUAGUAAUAUACAUUACUACAU